AUAACCACUUCAACCGUUCUAAACCUAACUUCUCCGCGUUGAUAAUAAGUUCGUAUAAUAUAAUUGACCGUUGGACCACAGAAACUUCCCAUGGGAAGUCCAAGUCUCUCAAGUCAUCCGGCCCGCCACGCGGUUAAACUGAAAUAACACCUUCUGGUCGAUAUAACAUAAAUACUUGAUUGAUUAUUGAUUUGAUUCAAGCAUCAUCAUGAUGACCAUUUCUCCUAGUCCAGGCCGCCCUGUCACGGCGGAGCAAGAGGCCGCAGUCCGACCAUUGGCCCCCGGCAACAGCCAACGCAUGGACGCGCCCGAAAGCGGAACGAGGCGGCGGAAACACCGGUGCACCGCCGUUUGUUGCGGCGUGGCGACCACGGUUAUCAUAACAGUCACGGCGGUCGUGCUUAUUGUAUUGGCCUUUACGGUCUUCCGGGUGAGGGACCCGAAGAUCCAGAUGGAGUCCAUCCAGAUCGACGGUCUGAGUUCCCUCACCGCCGCGAACCCGGUCGACUCGAACCUCAACGUCACCCUCUCGGCCCGGAUCGCGGUCAAAAACCCGAACGCGGUCUCGUUCAAGUUUGACCGGACCACGACGAGUUUGACUUAUGAUGGGAGGGUGGUGGGGGAGGCCGAGGCUCCCUCUGGAAAUGCCCGGGCGAGGCGGACCAUGAGGUUGACCGUCACGGUCAACGUCAUGGUCCGGGAUUUGCUGGCCGGCGCGUCGUCGCUGUCGCGCGACUUGAUCGCGCGACGAAUGCCGGCUUCGAUGUCUACUACUAUUCAUGGGAGGGCAAAGGUUUUGAUCAUAAAGAAGAGCGUGACGGUGAGAAUGAAUUGUAGCAUGGUUCUCAACUUGUCAAGCCAGGACAUUGAUGAUCUUGAUUGCAACAAAAAGGUGUCCCUUUAAGAUAAAAUUUAUCAAAAGGGUAGCAAUAUAUGCAGAGCUUGUAGUUAAUUGAGUGUAUUUUUGGUACAUAAUUGAGUGUGUUUAUGUGAAGGAUAGAUAGAGUAAGUGGUUUAGAUUUUUUUUAAAAUAAUAAAUAGAGGCCAUGUUG